AUGAUCUCCGACGAGGACAAAGGCUUAUACUCCAGCGCGCCACCGGCCCAGAUGCUACUUCUAAAGUUGAGAGUGGCUGUCUGUGGCCGAAGUGCCGACCAAGCCCUCUGCGGCACACCUUCCGCGCUGUGGAGCAUGGGUCGCAAGCAGCGGAACAGGCUGCAGCACGCCCUUUAUGGCAACACGGCCUCAGCCUCCAGCUCUUCGGAGCGGAAGACGAGCCCCGGCGAGUGCCCGGCCAAUUUCCGUCUGGUGAAGAUGUCCCCGGACGGGAAUUGUUUGUUCCACGCUCUAUCCCGCGACAGCGGCGAGGACGCCUCAGUCCUGAGGAACGAGGUGGCCGAUUUCCUGGAGGAGCAAGCCGCACAACAGCAAGAACACGAAGACGCCUGGCUGGAUGAAGCAGCCAUGCUCCGAGGUGAUCCGGAGGAGUGCUGGGGAGGAGACGUCUCCGUGCUGGCAUGGUCGCUGCUCCGAGAGCGUCGCGCGCAAGUUCAUUGGCGCGAUGAGGGAGGCAAUUUCCGCUUCGACGAGCGAACCCACUGGCAGGUGAUGGACAACAUGGCUGACCCCGACAAGCACCCCGUCCUGCAGCUCUUGUACAACGGCGUUGAUCACUACGAUUUGCUGCUGCCUGACUCGGGCACGGACCGCAUGGAGCAAGAGAGACCAACAGCGCAGGCCGCCCAAGGGCGCCAAACGGGGGAGUCCGGUGGCUCACACUCCUCGGCCUUGGGCGGCGAGGUACCCGACGCGAUGGCAAAGCAAGGUGUGCUCGCAGAGCUGUCCCUCUACAAAGUUGCGGAGCAGUCGUCGCACCCGCAUCGCAAACUGGAAGAUCUCCUGCACGAGCUGGCGCAGCAGCUCCGGGACAGCCCUACGCUGCCUCCCCAAGCAUCUUCGGCAUGUUUGGACGCGGGUGAGGCGUGGCCACGCAUCUUCUGCGCCUUCAACGACUGCACGUGGUGCAGCGAGCACGGAGGCGAAGCCGAGCUGUUGCAGCACCUGCACCAGGAUCACCUGUCACAGCUGGAACCCUUGCUGCAGCUCCUGCCGGAUCCGAAUGCGCCGGAUGCGUUCCUGAGCAUUUACAACGAAGCCGUGGCGAUCAGGUGCCGCUCGCAGGCUCCUCUGGCAGGAUCUUCCUUGGACCGCACGGCCUUGCGGUCGUUCGCCAGAGCAACCGCCGGCGACAGGGCCGAAGCGCUCAUCUGCUUCAGCUGCGCCUGCAUCCACACCCGAGUUGCCGAGACGGAGGACGCAGGCAAGAUCAGGUGGCACCGGCCGCUGCAGCGAGCAGCGAGCACACCGUCGACCACCUUCUUGGGUCGGCCGCUGUCUGAGAUCGCCAACAUCCUGGGCCUGGACUCUUUCCUGGAGAAGUACGACCGCCUCGAAGGAGACCUAAAGCUGACCACCUUCGAAGACUUCGCGCGCUGGCGCGUGCAGCUCCCGAACCUCGACGGCGGGACUUUCUUGCUCUGCUGUCCGGAAGACCAUCGUUGCGCUGCCCAUCCCCAACACGUGGAAGAGGGUCGCCUCUGCGAAGAAUGCGAAGUGCCCCUGUGCAGCGAGUGUCACCAGCAACUGAAAGCCGGCAAGCUGCCGCCCCUGAGCCUCUGCAACGACAUGUGGACCGGGUACGCCCCGGAGCGGCUCUACGCGGAGAACGUCACGGUGAUGGAGAUGAUCUGCGCAAGCCCGUGCGUCACCACGCUGAUUUGCAUGUCCAUGGAGGCCCGCUAUCGGAGCGACAGCUCCUCGCUGGAGGAGAAGGUCCACCCGCUCGACGAGAAGGUCCACAUGGCCAGGCACCGCCUUGGGGCUCGGGGCAACGCGCUGACCUUCCCGCUGGCAUGGGAGGAUUUGCUGCGCAAGCUGCAGGUGCAUCACGGACUGCUGGACUCCGAAGCAAGCGGUGAAGCCUCGACGCAACUUCCGCGCAGUGGGCCGGCGCUGGGAGAGGUGGUGCGGGUGCUGUUGAAGACCAACAAGACCGGCAAGACUUCGGGUGCAGAAAUCAAGAGCUUGAUACAUCAGGCAGUCGUGCGCAGGGAGGUGGUGGUGCAGCUCAUCCUGGACAUGAAGCGGCUGGGCCACCCGGCCUACCAGAGCAUGGAAGAAGCGUCAGUGCGACGAGCGGCAGCAGCCCUUCCCGAAAACGACGUUCCACCUGAAGUACUGACGGUCAUCGGCGAGAUAGACGAGCAGUCCGGAGAUCGCCUGCAACCGCAGAAAGCAGCCACGCCCUCGGACGCCUUCCAUGAGCUGGAUGAGGCGGGCGGCAUCUUCGCUGCCCAACGAGCGCGAGCUGUGGUGCCCGAAGGCUGCAGCAUCGACCAGCAGGACCAGAAUGCGGUGGGGGUGCAGGCCCUGAAGGAGCUGGCGGAGCAAGUCAGGGCGUCGGACUCUGUCGACCGCCAAGAAGGACGACGUGCCGAUCCGCCAGGAGGGGUGGCGGCCGCACAAACCUUUGAGGUGCGCACGGGCAACAAGUUCAUCGACCAGUUCCAGCCGAUGUACUUUGCCACGGCCUUCUGCUUCUGCUUCAAGCAUGCCACUGCCUGCCCGGACGUCCAAAACACGACGACAGCACAGGAGAAUGCUGGAGCAGCUACCCGGCGCCGGGCCCGCGACGAGAAAGCGCCUGAAGUUUUCAUCUACGAUUGGGCGGCUGCCAUGCUGCGCCGUGCGGAGACUCAAUUCCGCCGCGAUUGGACCUUCGGCUUCACGGUUUGGAACUACAUCUUUCGGACCAUGAUCAACUUGCAGAAGAACACCUUCAUGUACACCGUGCCGGACGAGCAAGGCGGACGCAAGGCCCUCACCAACCCGGAGAUCCUGAAGGGCGUGUGCGAGAUCCAGCAAUGCCUGGGCCGCGGCAAGUACAGAGAUGUCACGGGCGAGAUGAAGGCCAUCAAGGGCGACCUCUCCAAGGUGCGCUACGCACCCAACUUGUCCGUCGCGGCCAAGAAGGUUCUGGACAACUGCGAGGCCAGGACUCGCCGCAUCCCCGGGACGCAUGAAGUGCGACAAACCAUGCGCCACCAGACGCAUGCCAACAGAGUGUGCUACGGCACCUCGGUGUUCGUGACUUUCUCUCCUUCGGAGCGCGACACUGCCAUGAUGCUACGCCUGGCCCGCGCGCGGCCGAGCGACCCGGCAAUCGCACAGGAGGCUUCCAGCAGCUUCCAGGCAAGGAACAAGCCGGAUUUGGACGUGGAGUUCUGCAGACUGGAUUCAGCAGCGCUGGCCGCCGAACUCCCACCUUACGAUGAGCGCAGAGCCAUGCUCGCCAGGGACCCGCUCGCAUGCCUCGAGGGCUUCAAGACGUUGGUGCAGCUCGCCUUGCGGCAUCUCUUUGGCGUGCGCUACUGUCCCCGCUGCCCGGACUGCAUCACUUCCAGCACACCUUGCACGGACGCCUUCGGCAGCAACGCCAUGGCCUGCGGCGGCAUCUUUGGCCGUGUGGAUGCAGUUUACGGCUCCUUGGAAACCCAGAAGAGUGGCGCCUUCCACGGGCACUUCCAGGUCUUCAUCCAGAACUACCACCAGGUCACGCCGCUAGCGGACAUGCUGAACCUGGCAGCUUCCGACAGGCGCGCUCUCCUGCAGAAGUACACGGCAUACACGGCUCACGUGCGACGCUCCAUCUACUGCGAGCCGGCAGCAUGGCAGCAGAAGCGCCGCUCUGUGGAGGCCCAAUGGCCCGAGUACAAGAACUCGACGCUGGUGCUGAGCCGCCCGGCCUACCAGAGUGACGGGACGCUGGCACAGGAGCAGUGGAAGAAGGCUUUUCUGGAAGAGGACGUGGAAGCCUUGCAGCAGCACAAGCAGCACCACGUGCAUCUUCCACGGUUGACGGACCCGGACGGACCACGCUUUCCUUUGGCGCAUUGCCGAGAUCCCAAGGAUCCCACCAAAUGCAAGGCCGGCUUCCCGCGGCCAGUGGAGCAACUGACAGACUCGACCGUCUUGGUGUGCAAAGGUUUGGCGCAGCAGAUGGGCUUGCCGGUGAAGGGCAAACGCAGCGCGCUGGGCUCCCUCUGGGGGCCGGUCAACGACGGCGACCUGAACGGAACCCACCCGGCACUUCUGGCUGCUCUGCGGUGCAACUGCGAUGUGCAGGUGCCGUACCGCUUCCCGAUCCUGCCGGAGCUUCACGAGGACGACCUCUGCGGCCAAAACUGCGCAGCAGACGUGGAUGUCGACGAGGUCGUGAAGCAAGCGCAGACAAACCAAGCCGCUCAAGCGGGCUAUGGCUGCGACUACCAGAACAAGAGGUUGCCCAUAGCCGUGCAAGAAGCCAAGGAAUGGCAGAAAGCUCAAGGAGAAUUGGCCCAGGACCUCGAAGGCAAGCCGACAGGCUACGCCAUGAGCAGGCACAGCAAGCGCUUGGCCACGGACUGCCACGUGCGAGGAGUGUGCCGCGCCUCCGUGGAAUGUAUCAACCUCGUCGACCAGGCGCUGAGCAUGGACCCUACCCGCGCGGAGUCUGUCAAGACCGCACAGGUCACGCAAAUUGCCUUGGCUUAUGGACUGAGCCUGCUGGACGCGGCUCUCGCGCAAGACCAAUUGCCCAAAGAGCCCACGCGCGUCCAAGAAGACUCCCGGUAUCGUGCGUGCUACGGAAACAAGAAAGUAACCGACUGCCCGCCCUGGACUCUCUACGCAGAGCGAGGUCGUGAUCCCAGAGUGCACCAGCUCUCGGCUUUCGAAUUUGCGCGGCACUACCAGUACCAGCAGGCAUCGCAACCCUGGACGCUGGCACAGGAGGAGCAAGAGCCGGAGAAGGACCACGUGUGCUUCACAGAGGCUGGCAAGGCGAAGCUUGCACGCGGCACGGCGCGGAGCAAGCUUGCCCCCGCCGUCGACUACCGGAUCAAGGAGCAAGGCGGUGUGGGGUGGUUGCCGCUCGGCCACGGCGAGCGAGCUCAGCCGUAUCGGCACGACUGGGUCAUUGCGGCGCGCAAAAGGCCUCUCGUGCCCGUCAUCUAUGGCGCCCAAGGCUGCCGCACGGAAGAGGAGCAGGCCCAGAAAGUCACGCUGCUCUUCUGCCCUUGGACAACCAACGCAGCAGAUGCCACGGCCGAUGUGCCCUUUGUCUCUGACCUUAGGGGCGGUUGCAACACCUGGCGCGAUGCUCUGCGGUUGUGGUUUUCCAGGCGGGGCUUUGCCACGGAGUCUUUGCGCAGCUAUGUUCUGAACUUCUGCUUCGUCUAUUGUUUGCCACGGGAGCUGCAAUCCAACGGUGAGCUGGCAGAAAACAGCGACAACGAAGGCAUCGAGGACGCUCCGACAUACUUCGAUGCCAACGACCUGGAAGCAGCUUUGCUCACGCAUGUGCGGGGCAGCGGGCGGGCAGAAGAAGAAGCCGAAGUUGAGCACGGGGCAACGGAGCCAAGCUUGCAGCACACCAUGACCAAGGAAAUGUUCAACCUGUCUUCGUCCAUUUGGCUGGAAGGCCCCGGCGGCGGUGAGGCGAAGGCGCAUGCCGUAGCAGAGCGCCGGAGACUGGAGAACGUACAAGGCGUCCAGUGUCCUGAGCGCUUGCGCGCCGCCGCGCAGGCCUCGCGCAGCAAAGCUGCAUCCGUUGCCGCAUCUCAGGCCCGAGCCCGCCUGGGAGGUGCAGAAAGACCCCCACAGGUCGAGGAGCGAGAAGCAAUCACAGCAGAACAGCUUUUGACUUGGGUGCACAGCGAGCCGAUUCGCUCCUUCCUGAAUGCCAAGCAGCACGAGGCUCUGAGCUUGGUCGUGGACCGCAUCCUCGUGGAGCACGGCCUGGUGCAAGUCGAAGACACCGCCUUGCGACGGGGCGACCCCCUGGUUUGGCUCGUGCACGGCGGUCCUGGCACGGGCAAGACAGAGGUCCUGAAGCCUUUGGGCGAGCUUUUUAACAAAAUGCUCGGCUACGCGAAGGGCUUCGAGUAUGAGAUCGCCGCUUUCCAAGCUGUCAAUGCAGCAGACGUGGAAGGCAAAACGCUGCACAACGCCUGCGGCCUCAACGUCGGCAGUUUCAGCUUGGAUCAGCCGGCCAGUCGAGAAACGGCCCAACGCAUGGCCCUCUGGCGCUGGCUCAUCAUCGACGAGAUCAGCAUGGUCAACGCGAGACUCCUCGCGCAGGUGGAACAGAGGAUGCGCGCCGUGAUGCCUUCAACGAAUCCCUGGAGGCUGAACGGUUCUGGAGACGUGCGACCCUUUGCAGGCGUGAACGUGCUUCUUGUGGGUGACUUCAAGCAGCUCAAGCCCCCCGAGGGCGGCUACCUUGCGGACGUGCCUGCAACCUUAAAGCUCCUGGAAGGAACUUCGGGACAACGUCCUUCGGAUAUUCUCGUCGAUCAUGGACGGCAGCUGCUUUGGAGCGGGCCGACGCAAGGAGUCACGGAGCUCGUGGAGCGGAUGCGAUGCCAGGAUGACUGGUGGAACGAAGUGGUGGACGAGUUCCGCGCCGGGUAUCUCUCCGAGACGAACUGGAAAUAUCUGCAUGGCAUGCCGGUGGAGGGCUGCUCGCUCAGCCCCGAGGAGCGGGCGUCCCGGCGCCGGGUCAUCCUAUCGGCAGCAGACCCCAGGCUGGCGGAGAAGAAGUUCGUGGAGGCGCCCGUCAUCGUGGCCAACAACGAUGCGAAGUACCAAAUCAACAAGGACCGAUCCAAGGCAUACGCGCAGUCCGCGGACACGCAGUGUCGGGUCUCCGUGGCGCUGGAUUUGGCGAGCAAUGAAGCUUUGCAGGCCGCAGACUGCGACAAGUCCGCGAAGAUCCGGUGGCUGCAGUACCACGACCGGGACACCGCCGACCUCUGCGGCAUGCUGCCGUUGGCCAUCGGCAUGCCCGUGGCCCUGACACAGCACCUCGACCGCUCCGAGGACAAGCUCCUGCUGCGCGGCCGUGUGGGCCGCGUGCAUUCCUGGCUCUGGCCCGAGAACAACCAGCAGCCCAAGGUCGUGUACGUCAAAUUCGAGAAAGCGACCUGGCAGCUGGACGGGGCCUCCGAGCCUGGGCUGUAUCCCGUGGAGCUGAAGAAGCGUGCCUGGUUUCUGGACGCGAAGAGAGGGAAGCCGGUGCUGAAAAUCAAUCGCCAACAGAUCCCCUUGGUGCCCGCCUUCGCCAUCACCGCUCAUGCCAGUCAAGGCAAGACUCUCCUGGCGGCGCUGUUGGACUUGAACAUCGACAAGCGCACGGAUCCAGCUUUGGGGACGGUGGCAGCCAGCCGCGUGCGGAGCCGCUACGACGUGCUGAUCAUGAGGCCUUUUCCGCUGUGGCUCUUCCAACGCGGCGCGGCCGAAGGGCCGAAGCUUCUGCUGGAGAGCUUGAGAGGACAGGAGAUAGACUGGAAGGCUUAUCGCGAAGCGCGGCAUCCAACUGCCACCUGCCAUGAGUGCCGGCUCGUCAAAGCAUUCCAAGCUUUCUCCGAAGCACAAUGGUCGCAGGUGCGCUCCAACCAGCCCGCGACCUGCCUGGCGUGCACCAACAAACCCAAGCCGAAAGCCGGCCCGGCGAAGCGCAAGUGUUCUGGCGGCCCUGCAAGCUUCGUUUGCAACGGAUGCAAGAGAGCUAAAAUAGAAGAUGCUUUUCCACGUGCCCAGCUCAAUCAAAGGGAUGCUGCAACCAAGCGCCGGUGCUUGCCCUGCCUCCAAGCUGCGACGGUGCUCAGCUGCACCGUCUGCGCCGCCUCCAAGCCCGUGGCGGAGUUCGAAGCCACCAUGGUCACCGUGCCGGCAGAAGAUGUGGCUUGCAGCUCGUGCCAGGAAGAAAUCAAGCAGCGGGGAGGCACCAGCGCGCGCGAAGGCUGGUUCACCUGCAAGGGCUGCAGAGGAUUCUUCAAAGCCGCACACUUAGACUCACAACAGCAGCAUUGCGGGAAUUGCUCCUCUCGCAGCACGAGGGCAACGAAUCAGCAGAAGUGCCGCAGCUGUGGCAAGAUGUUCCAGCGUGUUCAGCUGAAAGGACAGCCACGUGUGAGAAACUGCCCGGACUGCCGCCGGCCGGCUUCCAGGCGCGGCAACACCCCGUCAGAGACGGCCUGA